AUGGCCGCAGCCACAAGCGCCGCAGCACCCUCGCCCCGCCGCCACUUUUCCACGACUCGCGCGCACAGGGACGCACCACCCAAAUCGCCCUUUCAAGCCUUUAUCGACACGCUUCGAGAAGAGCUGCGCAAAUCUCAAGAUAUGCAGGACAAUAUUCGACAAUUGUCUGGCGAAGCUGGCAAGAUGCAGGAUAGCGAGACGAUGAAGAGGAUGAGGGAAGUGUAUGAGAGGGCUAGAAUCGUCACCAGCUUAAAGGAGAAUCCUAGACUCAUGAGGGCUGCUGAAACCUUGAGAAAGAAUGGUGGUCACGUCGGCGAAGCUGUCAACGCCACGCUCAAGCAAAUGGAAGAGAGCGAACUGAUCAAAGGGGUGAGUUGCGCGCGGUGUCUGUGCACGCACGCUUUUCGAGCGCAGCGACUCACACGUAUGUUGCCCUUGACGCCUUUGCAGCUUGGUGCAGUCUCUUCUCGACUAGCACGUCAGCUGGCAGACAGCACAGCGCCCGUGCGCAAUACGGAAGCCUACAAGGCAUUCUCGGCCACGCUGAUCGAAGCCUUCGACGAUGGCGGUUCAUCCUUGCGCCUCUACUCCAACGACGAAGCGGAUGCCAGGCUAGCCAGGCGCAUUCGAAGGGAAGCACGCUUGAGAAAGAUUGGAAGAUUAGCCCCGCUGCUGGAUCCUGAAGACGCUGGUGCUGGUGUUGGUGCUGGUGCUGCUGCUGCUGCCAAGGCGGCGGACGAUCCCUUGGUCAAGGCGGAAGCGGCAGGUGCUGCGGCCGGUGCAGCAGGUGCUGCUCAGGCUCAAGCUCAAGACGCUGCUGGUGCCGGUGCUGAACAAGGCAGCGCAGAAGCGACGUCGGACCAAUCCCCUCCAAGGAGCGACAGCAGCAGCAGCAAUAGCAAAGCAAAACCCAAACCUCGCGGCUAUGCCGUGCGUGUGCGUGGCAUUGCGGAAAAUCCAAAUGCGGGCGAAGCGUUGGUGCUGCGCCAAGAAGCUGGCUACAAACGAGCAUGGUCCGAUUUCAAGGAUUCCAAUUUCCUCUUUCGCAAGAUGGGCGAAGCUCGAGAGGCUUACGACGAGUCUGAGAAUCCAUUCGUCGAGAGGCUCAGGGGCAUCACGGAAACGGUGGGUGGAUGGUUCGCGGAGAAUGAGACGGCUAGAGUGGUGGGCGCUUUCAAGAUGAUGGAGCCUUCCUUUACGCUGGACGCCUUUACGCGCGAACUGAGGGAAUACGUCAUUCCGGAAAUCAUCGACUCGUACCACUCCGCCAGCAGGGGUCUGCUUCGACAGUGGUGCGGAGAAGCGACGUUCAAUGUGCUCAUGGCCACCGUCGAUCCUUAUGUUCAAAAGGGCGCCAUCGCAAACGGUAGACUGCUGGAUUUAAAGAAUGUGGACAUUUUGCAAGCCAAAAUGUUGGAGAACAACGUGCCUGUCCUCAUCGUCAGCUUUUCGACGCAGGAACUCAUGUACUUUAAGGAUGCCAAGACGGGAGAGAUUGUGGCGGGCAGCGAGGAGAGAACGGAUAGCUGUCGGUAUGCCAUGGUGCUCACGCGAGUCGAUGAGGAGAUGCACAACGAGAUAACGGGAGGAUGGAAGGUGGUAGAGGUGAGUCUGGUGCGAUGCGUUCGCGGUGGCGAAGAGGGAGCGUGUAGGGUAAAGGCACAAUGGCCUGGGCAUCGUGUUGCGUUGAAGUCCGAUCCAGCUGGGGGCUGCUCGUGCUCGUCAAGAGUGCCGCAAGGCAACGUGGAAGCAGGCAUGACAUGCUGACUCGAGCAUUUUCUCCGCCUCAACCCCUCGAAUCGUCUCUUUCUCUUUCCCCAGCUUGCAAGACGAGGCCAAGCAGCGUUCCUGUAG